UGGCACUGGGCUGGCAUCAUUUGCAAAAACUAAAAUUGUCACCAUGGGCAGGGUAAUAUUUAUCAUAUGUUUGUACCAUGUUGGAACAUCUGAGUCUAAGAAAGUGACUAAGUGAUCUAACUUUUCAUGUUUUCUUUUGCUGCAGGUUAUUUUCUUUGAGGAGAGAAACUUCCAGGGUCGCUCCUAUGAGUGCAGCAGCGACUGCUCCGACAUCCACAUGCACCUGAACCGCUGCAACUCCUGCAGGGUGGACAACGGCUGCUUCGUGGUGUACGACCGCCACAACUACAUAGGGAAUCAGGUCUUCUUGAAGAGAGGGGAGUACUCCGAUUUUCAGCGCAUGGGGAGCAUGAUGGGCAUGAUGGGAAUGGCGAUGAUGGAUACCGUGCGCUCCUGUCGCAUGAUCCCCAUGCACAGGGGGGCCUUCAGGAUGAAGAUCUACGAAAGGGAGAACUACGGAGGCCAGAUGCACGAGCUGAUGGACGACAUCGAGUCUCUCCAGGAUCGUUUCUUAAUGUCUGACUGCCAGUCCUGCAACGUGAUGGACGGCCACUGGCUGAUGUUCGAGCAGCCCAACUUCAGAGGCCGUAUGAUGUACGUCAAGCCAGGAGACUACAGGAACCUCCGAGACACGGGAGCGAGCAACAUGACGAGAAUCAGCUCCAUCAGGCGCAUCGUGGAUAUGUGCUGA